AUGACUCGUUCUUUCUUUCGCAAAUUACUUACAUACUUGUCAUCUGAUGAUGAGCUGGAUGCUGUUAUUAAUGCCGAGGCUGAUGGAGAGUCAUCGAGACAUCAUGGCAAUCGCCAACGUUGUAAGUUUAUUCGGCGUGAUCAUAUUCAAGGGCAUGAGUGCUUUUUUCGUGACUAUUUCUCAGAAAAUCCAGUAUAUCCCUCCAAUCUAUUUCGAAGGAGAUUUCGGAUGAGUCGUCCCUUAUUUCUCCGUAUCUUAAAUGAGGUAGAGGCUUACGAGCCGUACUUCGUCCAGAGAAGAGAUAAUGCCGGAAGACUUGGUUUAUCUUCUAUGCAAAAGAUAACCGCAGCACUUAGAAUGCUGGCCUAUGGGGUUACUGGAGAUUUUAUGGAUGAAUACAUACAUAUUGGAGAAAGCACCGCAAUGGAGAGUCUCAAAAAAUUUUGCAAGACAAUCGUAACUAUUUUUUCAGAUGAAUAUUUGCGGUCUCCAAAUGCCAAUGAUAUUGCUCGAUUGCUUGUUGUUGGUGAACAACGGGGAUUCCCUGCUCAAUGGCGUGCUCCACCAGUCAAUUACACAAUCAAUGGCAACGACUACACUAUGGGGUACUACCUUGCCGAUGGUAUUUAUCCUAAGUGGCCAACGUUUGUGAAGACGAUUCCAUCACCCCAAGGGAAUAAGAAGAAAAACUUUGCCACAGCACAAGAAUCUGCAAGAAAAGAUGUCGAGCGUGCCUUCGGAGUACUUCAACAACUCUUCCAGAAUUGUCGCGCAAUCCAACAAAUGAGUUUAUGAACUUCAUUCAGCGCCAUCAUGAAAUUAGGGAUAGCUCGGCACAUCAUCAACUACAAGCAGAUUUAAUUGAACAUCACUGGCAAUUCCAUUCCCAACAAUAGAAGAGAAGGUUGUGUUGGAGUCUCUAUUUUAUCAUUAGUAGCGACGGUGUAUUUCAAGUUUCUAGAAUUUUCAUUCCAAAAAACAUGUUUGGUUUCAAGA